AAGAAAGGCCGUGCCCGCCCGCGGGGUGAGGGGUCCUUUCAGGGCAGGACCCGCCCCUUGGUCCGGCAGAGCUUUGGUACUAGGGCCUGGACCUUUCUCUGAGUAGGAGUUCGAGCGGACGUCAGCCAAGAUUCCAGAAUGACUACCAUCUUGACUUACCCUUUUAAAAAACUUCCCACUACAUCAAAAUGGGCCCUCAGAUUUGCCAUAAGACCUCUGAGCUGUUCCUCCCAGCUACGAGCUGCCCCAGCUGUCCAGACCAAAACGAAGAAGACGUUAGCCAAACCCAAUAUAAGGAACGUUGUGUUGGUGGAUGGUGUUCGCACUCCAUUUUUGCUGUCCGGCACUUCAUAUAAAGACCUGAUGCCACAUGAUUUGGCUAGAGCAGCACUUACGGGUUUGUUGCAUCGGACCAGUGUCCCUAAGGAAGUAGUUGAUUAUAUCAUCUUUGGCACAGUUAUUCAGGAAGUGAAAACAAGCAAUGUGGCUAGAGAGGCUGCCCUUGGAGCUGGCUUCUCUGACAAGACUCCUGCUCACACUGUCACCAUGGCUUGUAUCUCUGCCAACCAAGCCAUGACCACAGGCGUUGGCUUGAUUGCUUCUGGCCACUGUGAUGUGAUCGUGGCAGGUGGUGUUGAGUUGAUGUCCGAUAUCCCUAUUCGUCACUCAAGGAAAAUGAGAAAACUGAUGCUUGAUCUCAAUAAGGCCAAAUCUAUGGGCCAGCGACUGUCUUUAAUCUCUAAAUUCCGAUUGAAUUUCCUAGCACCUGAGCUUCCUGCGGUUGCUGAGUUCUCCACCAGUGAGACCAUGGGCCACUCUGCAGACCGACUGGCUGCCGCCUUUGCUGUUUCUCGGCUGGAACAGGAUGAAUACGCACUGCGCUCUCACAGUCUGGCCAAGAAGGCACAGGAUGAGGGACUCCUUUCUGAUGUCGUACCCUUCAGAGUACCAGGAAAAGAUACAGUUACCAAAGAUAAUGGCAUUCGUCCUUCCUCACUGGAGCAGAUGGCCAAACUAAAACCUGCAUUCAUCAAGCCCUACGGCACAGUGACAGCUGCAAAUUCUUCUUUCUUGGUAACUGUCAAUGCUAUUUGUGGUGAAGAGCUGGUUAGGUUGGUCAUUUGCAAAACCAAAUUGGAUGAUAGAGCCAUGUGGCAUGGAGUACACAUGUCAGAUCUGCAUCCUUUUGAUUACUUCCAGGGUAUGCUAAAGGUCCAGGUUUAUUUAACUGAUGGGCGCAUCUGCAUGUUGGAUUAUUGCAGAGGAAAAGGCUUUGGCAUCUGGGUUAUAAGCGAAGGAUAUUUUUUGAUGGUAAAGGAAAUGUUCAAGACGAAUCAUUCUCUGAUUUCUUUAUAUUACCAGAGCUUAACCUCUCUAUUUUUUUACCUAGGGAUUUUAUGUAUGUGGUCUCAGGAUCCAAAAGAUCAACUGUUACUGGGGCCAACAUAUGCUACUCCAAAAGUUCUAGAAAAGGCAGGAUUAACCAUGAAUGAUAUUGAUGCUUUUGAAUUUCAUGAAGCUUUCUCGGGUCAGAUUUUGGCAAAUUUUAAAGCCAUGGAUUCUGAUUGGUUUGCAGAAAACUACAUGGGUAGAAAAACCAAGGUUGGAUUGCCUCCUUUGGAGAAGUUUAAUAACUGGGGUGGAUCUCUGUCCCUGGGACACCCAUUUGGAGCCACUGGCUGCAGGUUGGUCAUGGCAGCUGCCAACAGAUUACGGAAAGAAGGAGGCCAGUAUGGCUUAGUGGCUGCCUGCGCAGCUGGAGGGCAGGGCCAUGCUAUGAUAGUGGAAGCUUAUCCAAAAUAAUAGAUGCAGAAGAAGUGACCUGAAGUUUCUGUGCAACACUCACACUAGGCAAUGCCAUUUCAAUGCAUUACUAAAUGACAUUUAUAGUUCCUAGCUCCUCUUAGGAAAACAAUUCUUGUGGCCUUCUGUUAAAUUGCACUUAAGCUUUGCCAGUGUUCUGAGCUUUUCAAUAAUCAGUUUACUGCUCUUUCAGGGAUUUCUAAGCCACCAGAAUCUCACACACAGAUGUGUGGGGGGUUGUUUUUGGUCUCUAUUGUCACUAAAGACUAAAUGAGUAUUUGCAGUUGGGAAAGAGGUCAGCUGAGAUUUGGAAGUCAUCUUUGUAAUAUUUGCAAAUUAUACUUGUUCUUAUCUGUGUCCUAAAGAUAAGUGUUCUCUAUAAAAUACAAACCAAUGUGCCUAAUUGUGGAAAAAUAAUUCAGAAUCUAAACACCACUGAAAACUUAUAAAAAAUGUUUAGAUACAUAAAUAUGGUGGUCAACUUAAUAAAGUGGAGAAAUACUGGA